AUGGUGGUGAUGGUGGUGGUGGUGAUGGUGAUGAUGGUGUUGACCAUGGCGGUGGUGGAGCUGGACCUGUGCUGGUGGGAAGCCAAGGAGAGCGUGGUGCAGAUGGUGAAGUUGGACAGAAAGGUGAUCAGGGUCAUCCUGGAGUUCCAGGCUUCAUGGGGCCCCCUGGGAAUCCUGGGCCACCAGGAGCGGAUGGACUGGCGGGAGCUGCUGGGCCUCCAGGUGUUCCAGGGUUGCAGGGGAAAGAAGGUCCUCCUGGACCCCAAGGCCCUUCGGGAAUUCCUGGAAUCCCAGGAGAAGAAGGCAAACAGGGCAGAGAAGGAAAGCCGGGGCCCCCUGGAGAGCCGGGCAAAGCAGGAGAGCCGGGUCUGCCAGGAGUGGACGGUGCCCGAGGACCACCUCCUACUGUUUGUUGAAGUAACUCCAUCUUAUUUCUUCCAGGGCUUCAAGGGACACACGGGCGAUUCUGGGCCCCCUGGCCCCCGGGUAACCCGAUUCCUCUUGCUGGUCCUGCUCGAGGGCAGGCAGAUGCACGGCCAGUUUGACCGGAGCCAUCCGACCUCUGCGGUGGUUUCCAGCAUCUGGGAUGUGGGUGUUGCCCGGGAGCCUUCUGUUUCCUUCUCCUUUAACUCCAGUGCCCGGAUGAAAAGGACCUUGGGGGAGAGCCUGGGGCCAUGGGCCCCCCUGGCCAGGAAGGGACACCAGGAAAAGAUGGUGAUGCCGGACCUGCAGGGCUACAGGGUCCCCGAGGUCCCAGGGGACCCCCGGGUAACAGUGGAUCACCAGGUUCCCCAGGUGACCCUGGCCGUCCAGGAACUCCAGGCCAAAAAGGAACCAAAGGAGAGAAUGGGAGCCCAGGACUUCCUGGCUUCCAGGGUCCCCGGGGGCCACCGGGAGAAGCAGGAGAGAAAGGAGUUCCAGGCAAAGAGGGGGCCCCUGGGAAGCCAGGAGAGCCAGGAGCCAAAGGAGAAAGGGGAGAUCCUGGUACCAAAGGAGACAAAGGAGCCCCUGGUGGGAAGGGACAGCCUGGAGACCCGGGAAUCCCAGGCCACAAAGGCCACACAGGACUGA